AUGACUCACUGUCUUAUGAGGGUGUUUGACCGGACGACCCGUCUGGGUCUGGGUUCGGCACCGGUCCUCCUCAGUGUCUUUUUGGUUACGUUGGCAGCCAGACCCAAAGGCCCCGGACACACGCAUCUGAACUCCAUCCGCAUCGAUGGAGACAUCUCGCUCGGCGGCCUGUUUCCGGUUCACGCCCGUGGGCAUGAGGGGAAGCCCUGCGGGGAGCUGAAGAAGGAGAAGGGCAUCCAUCGGCUGGAGGCCAUGCUGUUCGCGCUGGACCGUAUCAAUAACGACCCAGAGCUGCUGCCCAACAUCACGCUGGGAGCCCGUAUUCUGGACACGUGCUCCAGAGACACCCAUGCCCUGGAGCAGUCUCUCACCUUCGUCCAGGCUCUUAUCGAGAAGGACGGCACGGACGUGAAGUGCCAGGGGGGCGGGGCGCCCAUCAUCACAAAACCCGAGAGGGUGGUGGGUGUGAUCGGAGCCUCCUCCAGCUCAGUCUCCAUCAUGGUGGCAAACAUUCUCCGCCUCUUUAAGAUUCCCCAGGUGAGCUAUGCCUCCACGGCUCCAGAGCUAAGCGACAACACCCGGUAUGACUUCUUCUCCCGUGUGGUUCCACCCGACACUUACCAAGCCCAGGCCAUGGUGGACAUAGUGCUGGAGAUGCAAUGGAACUAUGUCUCCACAGUGGCGUCAGAGGGAAACUACGGUGAAAGCGGCGUUGACGCCUUCAUCCAGAAAGCUCGUGAACAUGGGAGUGUGUGCAUCUCACAGUCUGUUAAGAUCCCACGGGAGCCCAGGCAAGGAGAAUUUGACAAUAUCAUCAAGAGACUGAGAGAAAAUCCAAAUGCCAGGGUCGUCAUUAUCUUCGCAAAUGAGGACGACAUAAGGCGGUUGCUGCAGGCUGCAAAGAAGGCCAAUCAAACUGGUCAUUUCUUGUGGGUUGGGUCAGACAGCUGGGGUUCAAAGAUUUCCCCUGUGCUGCACCAGGAGGAGAUGGCUGAGGGCGCGGUCACCAUCCUGCCAAAACGCCAGUCCAUCAAAGGGUUCGACCGUUACUUCACCAGCCGCACUCUGGAAAAUAACAGGAGGAAUAUCUGGUUUGCCGAGUUCUGGGAGAACAAUUUCAACUGCAAACUGAGCCGACAUGCCUUGAAGAAAGGGUCGGGAAUAAAGAAAUGCACAAAUCAGGAAAGGAUUGGGAAGGACUCAUCCUAUGAGCAGGAGGGAAAAGUACAGUUUGUGAUUGACGCUGUCUAUGUCAUGGCUCACGCCCUCCACAACAUGCACAAAAACCUGUGUCCUGGAAAGGUGGGGCUGUGCUCCAAAAUGGACCCAGUGGAUGGCAGUCUUCUGCUCAAGUACAUUCGCAACAUUAACAUCGCAGGCAUCGCUGGGAAUCCUGUGCUUUUCAAUGAGAAUGGAGACGCUCCAGGUCGCUACGAAAUCUACCAGUAUCAGAUCAAAAACAGAACAGCCGAGUACAAAAUCAUCGGUCAAUGGACUGACCAGCUGUAUCUGAAUAAGCGGGCUAUGCAGUGGCCAGGCGGUGUUAAGGAAGUCCCCUCAUCUAUCUGCAGCCAGCCGUGUAAACCUGGGGAGAGGAAGAAAAUUGUGAAAGGCAUCCCCUGCUGCUGGCUUUGUGAACGCUGCGAUGGCUACCAGUACCAGGCUGAUCUGUACACCUGUAAGAUGUGCCGUUUUGACCUGCGACCAAACAAGAACCACACAGCCUGCCAGCCCAUUCCUAUUGUCAAGCUGGAAUGGAGUUCGCCUUGGGCAGUCAUUCCUGUCCUCAUAGCCAUUUUGGGUAUCUCAGCAACCCUGUUUGUCGUAAUCACCUUCAUCCGCUACAACGAUACACCCAUCGUCAAGGCGUCCGGCCGCGAGCUCAGCUAUGUGUUGCUGACAGGGAUUUUCCUCUGCUACGUCACUACCUUCCUGAUGAUCCUGGAGCCUGAUGUGGGAAUCUGCUCUCUACGCCGUAUUUUUCUGGGACUGGGCAUGAGCAUUAGCUAUGCGGCUCUUCUCACCAAGACCAAUCGAAUCUACCGGAUUUUUGAGCAGGGCAAGAUGUCAGUGAGCGCGCCGCGGUUCAUCAGCCCUGCAUCCCAGCUGGUGAUCACUUUUAGCCUGAUCUCGGUGCAGCUCCUUGGGGUGUGCAUCUGGUUUGCGGUGGACCCUCCACAAGCUCUCAUUGACUAUGAGGAACAGCGAACAGCCAACCCGGAGCUGGCGUGUGGCGUUCUCAAGUGCGACAUCUCAGACUUGUCACUCAUCUGUCUCCUGGGUUACGGCAUGCUGCUCAUGGUGACAUGCACGGUUUAUGCCAUCAAGACACGAGGAGUUCCUGAGACCUUCAACGAAGCCAAGCCCAUCGGCUUCACCAUGUACACCACCUGCAUCAUCUGGCUGGCUUUCAUCCCCAUCUUCUUUGGCACCUCACAGUCAUCAGAGAAGAUGUACAUCCAGACGACCACGCUGACCAUCUCAGUGAGCCUGAGUGCGUCUGUGUCUCUGGGAAUGCUCUACAUGCCCAAAGUUUAUGUGAUUCUGUUCCAUCCUGAGCAGAACGUGGCCAAGCGCACGCGCAGUCUGAAGGCAGUGGUCACUGCCGCCACCAUGUCCAGCAAGUUCAACCCGAAAGUCAGCCUUCGACCCAAUGGAGAGGCCAAAACGGAACUCUGCGAGAACCUGGAGACCCAAGCAUUUAACCCCAAACAAACAUAUAUCAGCUAUAGCAAUCAUGCAAUCUAA